AUGGAGCUGACCACGCCGCCAAGCAAGCAUAUCCGCAUCCUAGAAGUCGAGGUAUCAUCCACCAUCACCUCUGGUCAGUCGUAUUACUUCAAAGUAGGCGAAAUACCCGUACGUGCAGCCUGGAUGAGAAGAGACUUCAACAAAAGCACCAAGACAUCGAAGUACACUGCAGUACUGUUCGCUCUCGUCGAUGCGGAAGCCCCUCGUGAACUAGAAGAGAGUACGUCGCUCUUGUGGUUGAAUGAGAGCCUGGACAUGCUGAGAGCCUCGUUCGCCCACGCUGGCUUCGGUAGUCAUGCCGGCAUGCGGAUAAUCUGCUAUGGCAAAAGUUACCAGUACUUCCGCGACAAUGUGAACAUAAGAGUAACACACGACCUCGCAGCCGUAAACGGAAAUCUAGCGAAACGGAAGGGCGACCAGGGUCUUGCCGAUGCCUUGGAUGAGGCCAUGCGUUCCGGUGUCAUAAGAUUGUCUUCUGAAUCGAACAUUGAAGACGUGCUCCGGGAGUCUGUACCAGGUAGUAAACACUUAUACGCGGUUGGAGAAAACCUGAGAUCCUUCGGUCUGCGUCCCAAGCGGCUCGACUUUGACGGGAAGCCCAUCGAAAGUCUUGACGUAUGA